AUGCAGUUCAAGUCUCUAUUACUGGGCGCCCUCGCGGCAACCUCUGCCCUGGCUUACCGAGCUUGCGGUGCUCCUGAUCCCACUGAGGAUCAAAUGGAGGUGGCGCACAGCUUCUCCAUCCAGGAGGAGGCCGCUCGUAUUGCCGGCAACGUGACCAAGCGUGCCGACAUCAACGUCAAGGUCUACUUCCACGUUCUGGCCUCAUCCACUUCUGUCAGCGGCGGCUACAUCAGCGCCGCCACCCUGACCCGACAGCUCGCUGCCAUGAACAAGGCCUACGCCCCUUACGGCAUCGCCUUCACCCAAGCUGGCGCGGACUGGACCGUGAACUCGGCCUGGGCCGCCGACGGCUCGGAGCUGGCCAUGAAGAAGGCACUCCGCAAGGGCACUUACGCCGACCUGAACAUGUACUUUGUCAAUUCGAUGGACUACCUGGGAUACUGCUACUUCCCCACCUCGGUCACUACUGGCUCUAACAACUUCUAUUACGACGGCUGCACCAUUCUCGCCUCCACUGUCCCCGGAGGCAGCGAGGCCAACUACAACCUGGGCUACACUGCUGUCCACGAGGCGGGCCACUGGUUCGGUCUCUACCACACUUUCCAAGGCGGCUGCACCGGUAGUGGCGACUUCGUUUCCGACACUCCCGCCGAGGCCACCUCCGCUACGGGUUGCCCGACUGGACGCGAUUCUUGCACGUCAGCUGGUGUGGACCCAAUUCACAACUACAUGGACUACACUUACGACACUUGCUACACCGAGUUCACUCCUGGGCAGAAGACCCGCAUAUACUCCUACUGGGACGCUUACCGUGCUUAA